CAUCGCCAACUUUGAGAGAUUUUAAGACACCCCAAAAGAGCAAAUCAUUCUAUCGUCUCUUUUGAAUUCAUCUUCACUUGAGUGAAUCUGAGAGAGAGGAAAGAGAAAAGUUACAGAAUUGAAAGAAAAUCUUAUAUAACACACCGGUGGGUAAUCCUGUCUUCUACUCCUAAAAAAUCUCGUUGGUCAUGUCCAGGGGUUCGAUUCCCGGCGCCGACGCCCUCGGGAGGAGGUCGCGGGGUCGAUUCCAGUGGGCGCGCCGGGAGAGUGAAGCUCUUCUUGAUCACCCCGAGGAGACCGAUCGGCUGCGCCACAGGCGAUCGCGAUCGGCGUGCGCGCCGCGGUGGUGGAAAUCGUCGUUCCGGGCCCGGGAGGGAAGAAAUUCGUCUCCACGGCGCCGUUGUGGCUGGAUUUCUUCUUCCUCUUGCGCAGCCCAAAGAAGGAGGAGAUCCAGGAGAGCUUGCCGCCGCCGCCGCUGUGGUGAUGGGGAUUCCUGGCGCCGCGAUGAUCCCUGUCGACGUGAUGAGCCACGGGCGUGGCGGAUGCCGAUACCAGGGGACUGUGAUAGGACCCGGCGGCAUUUGCCUUGCAGUUCCGCGUGGAGAAGAAUCCAUCCGCUGGAAACCCUCCUUCCCCCCCAUUUCUUGAAUCGGGAGCGGCAAAUCGAGCAAAUGUUGGUGCUGGAGCUCCGCCGCGGCGGGUGCUGCUGCUGCCACUGCGAGAGAGGAAUUCGGGAGCAGCGUGUGGCUGCUGGAAGAAUCGCCCGAGAGAGAGAGCCGGAGGAGGCGAUCCCGGAGGCACAAGUGACCGGCUGCCUCUUGCUGGGAUGAACCAAGCACACGCCUGGAUCCAUCGCCAAAUCGAUCUAGUAGCAGCUCGCGUUGGGAGGAUACCACCGAAAAAAUCCCGUCGACAUGGCCCGCCCGCGUUGUCGCCAUGGAGCGCACUUUUGGAUGGCGCCACCACGAAGCUCGAGCCAAGCAGCGGACGUGAAGGAGAAGUGGAUGUAUAUCUGCAUCCUGGCUAACCAAAGCCCAAGAACGUCAAGUUUCCGUUUCAAGUUGGAAUUUUUGGUGACCAUCC